AUUAUAACUGUCCAAAAGGCUAUCGAUGAUAAUAAAUUUAAACAUGUGUCUUUUAAUGAUUUCGGAGAAAAAACUAGGAUAGGUAGAGGAGGCUUUGGUUAUGUAUAUACAACAACUUGUACAGUGUUUUCGGAAGUAGUAGCAUUGAAAGAAAUAUUUUUUGACAUUGAAGAUAACGAAGCUUGUAUUAAAAGAUUCUUAAACGAG